GAGAGACAAAGGGAGACGUGAUUAGUCAUUAGCAAACGAUUGUCUGCCUUCCACAUUGCCGCCGUCCCUAUCAUGCCUGCAGAAUAUGAUUUCACGGGUAAAAAAGCACUUGUUACCGGCGCCAGUAGAGGUAUUGGCUAUGCUAUAGCAGAGGCACUGUCAAAAGUUGGUGCCGAAGUCGUGGCACUCGCACGAGAUCAAGCUAAACUUGAGGAGCUUCGAUCAAAGCACUCCAACAUCUCCGUCGUAGUUGCGGACGUUACUUCAUCCGAGUCGACUCUAACAACCUUACUGGCACCCUAUCAGCCGUUUGAUUUUCUCGUCAACAAUGCCGGUUGCGGAUUAAUCGAAUCGGUUAGAAACCUGAGUGAGGAAGCGGUUACUAAGGUUUUGGAUGUUAAUUUGAAGGCGCCAAUAAUGCUCACAAAAAUUGUGACAUCUGAAAUGGUACGAAAUGAUGUACGAGGCGCUGUAGUCAACAUUUCAUCGCAAGCAUCCAUGCGUCCAUUGGAUGAUCAUACUGCUUACUGUGCAAGCAAAGCUGGGCUUGACAUGGCUACACGGUGUUUUGCCAAGGAGUUGGGAAAAUUUGGAAUCCGAAUCAACUGCGUCAAUCCGACAGUGGUAAUGACUGACAUGGGAAGAAUGACUUGGAGUGAUCCUAAUAGAUCUGGUCCUCUUCUCUCACAGAUGCCGAUCGGCAGAUUUGCAGAAGUGCAGGAGGUUGUCAAUGCUGUUCUGUAUCUGCUAAGCGAUGCGUCUUCUAUGACCACUGGCCUGGCUCUUCCUGUGGAUGGCGGAUUCACGCAAAUGUGAAAAUUCACUGUACUUUUUAUGUUAAUAGUGACAUUCUGACCAAUAAUAGUGACUUUCAUGAAAUCAUAAAUGC